AUUUAGUCCUUAGUAUGAUGUUAGUGGUAUUAAAAUUUAUAUUCAAAAUUAUGUAAAGUUAUUUAUAUCCAGAAGUAUUUGUGUACAUUAAUAUUAAAUAUGAAUAAAACUUAUUUAAUAAGACGUCUAUACAAUUUCCACGAAAAUAUACUUAAACGGCACCAAGUUCAACGGUACAAAUCCAGUAUUUGUACUGAUAUAAAUGAAUUUAUCGUAUAUGAUCAGUUUAUAUGUAAACGUCGGUCUCAAUCAAAACGCAGUGUUUUAGUGCAGGUAUCUUCAGAAAAUUCAUGUUGCGAUUUAUAUUCAUAUUGUUCUAAAUUUGGUUCAAUAAUAAAUAUGUUUCACUAUCAACUAGCUGGUUCUAAUCAUUUUGUACUUACUGAAUUUGAUGACCAAUCAGCCGUUAGUUCAUUGCUUGAUCAAAGUACAUUUAUUGAAGAAUCAAACAUAAUUUCUGUUAGAUCACCAUUUCUUUGGUUUCGUUCUAGCUCAAGUAAAAAUAAGUCAAAACUAAUCGAAGAACAUAAAUUUAAUUUUCCUUUUCAAACCAAUCAAACAAUGAUAGAACCAAAUAUAAAAAAUAUUGGAUUAGGUAAACUUGAUUCCUUGUCAGAUCAAAUGUUAUUAUUAUUAGAAAGAACCCAAUUGAACGAAAUUGGUACAAGAUUAAGGUUUUUAACAGCAAUGCAAAUUGAAAAUUCUCUAAAGGGUAUUUUCCCACUGUCUAAGGUGUUACCAUUUGGAUCAUCAGUCAAUAGUUUUGGCAAGAUUGGUUCAGAUAUCGACUUGGUUCUAAUGGACUGCAAAAUUACAAAACAUAAAACUAGUCGAUUGAUUUUUCAUGGUAAAUGUAUGUCUAAUAGCCGGACACAUAUACAACGUAAUAUAGAAAUACUUGGUGAUUUGAUACAGUUGUUUUUGCCUGGUUGUUCAAAAGUCAAACGUAUUUCUCAAGCAAGAGUACCUAUUGUCAAGUAUUCUCAAGAUUUUAUUGGUGUUGAAUGUGAUCUCGCAGUAUCCAAUGAAACUGCUGUUAAUAUGUCUGAACUUUUGUACAUUUUUGGAAAUUUUGACUACAGAGUUAGGCCUUUAGUUUUUGCUGUAAAAAUGUGGGCCAAAGAAAUCAAUUUAACAAAUGAUGUACCAGGUAGAUGGAUAACCAAUUUUUCAAUAACUCUAUUAGUGUUAUUUUUUUUACAGCAAGAAAAAAUUAUUCCUAACAUUCAAAAAUUAGUGAAACAUGCUGACAAUAAUGAUGUUCGAAUCACAAAUGAAGGUGUAAAUUGUACAUUUGUUAGGGAUAUCUCAAAACUUCCUAGAACUGUGGAGAAUAAAAAAAGUUUGGACCAACUUUUACAUGGGUUUUUUGAUUAUUAUGCAUCAUUUGACUUUAAUACAAAUGCCAUAUCUUUAAAUUAUGGUAAGGCAAUUAACAAGCCUGAAUAUAGUGCAUUAUACAUUGUCAACCCAUUAGAAGUACAUUUCAAUGUAAGUAAAAAUAUGAGUUCUGAAGAAAUGGAAAGAUUCAGAAUAGAACUAAGAAAUGCUGCAUGGAUGAUAGAAUCUUCUUUGGUAAAUACUAAUGCAUUCAACAUAUUAGAUCUUUUUAAAGGUUAUGAAAUUAAUAAAAAGAAAGACACCCUGUUCACCAUUCAACACCAAAUAAGAAAUUCAAAUAGAUUAGUCACCAUUAAAGAUUUAUUUGAAGAUAACCUUCCAACAACAGAAGAAGACAAAAGACUGAAUAAACAGUUAGAACCUAAUGAAAGAGAAAUUUAGAGAAAUUUUAUAUUAUAAAUUGUAUAACUGUUAAAGUUAUUUUUUUGUUUCCAAUUUUUUUUUUACUUAGUAUUGUU